UUCAAUUAAAUUAAACUAACUCCCUCCCUCUGUCUAAAACCCAAACCCUCAAUAGUCAAUAGUAGUAAUACUAAACCUUGUGCUGCCGCGCUUCCUCUUCUGCGCCGAACCAUGGCGUGCGUGGAUCCUCCAAGGAAGAAGAAGAAAGGAAGAUACGGCGUCGCAGAAUUGAAAACCCUAGGCAACCAGCUUCUCUCCUCCGCCUCGCACAUCAACAACCUCCCUCUUCUUCUCACAUUCCUUUCCCCUUCUUCUCCUCCUCACCAUGUCCUCGAAUCCCUACUCUCUCUCCACUCUUUCUUCCUCCCUCUUCUACCAAAGCUCCCUUCCUCCUCCGCCGUCGCUACCUCCGCCGUCGCUACCUCCGCGGCUGCUCCCUCCGCUGCUGACCAGUCCGAGUUCAUCUACCUCACCUGGCUCCGCUCAAAAUUCGAUGAGUUCCUCAAGUCACUCCUCGACAUUCUUGCCUCGCCACAGUCCGACGAGACGCUCAAAGAACUCGUGCUGGACACGCUCAUGGAGUUCGUGAAGGUGGCCAAUGGCGGCGUCUUCCACUCUGCUUUGUACCACAAACUUCUCCUUAGCAUUGUUCGCUCCACUAGUCCGGCUACGUUUGUUGUGGAUCUUCUGGAGUCGAAGUAUUUCAAAUAUAUUGAUGUCCGCUAUUUUACAUUUAUAAGUCUGAAAAAGCUCGCUAGUACUUUGGAAGGCAAAGAUGAAUCAGAUGACAAAAUUGCAAGUGCAGAUGGCAACAAUGAAAGUCAAUUGAGCUCAAAAAUGGAAUGUUUCAUCCGCAAUAUGUACUAUACUAUAUCGCACGUUCCCCCUCUCCAAGGCAAUAAUACAUCUGAUUUGGAAAUGUGGAGCAGCUCAGAAAGUGACCAAAAGCAGCAUUAUGGAGAUGCGAGUGUUGAUGAUAAGCUGCUGAAGUCCAAGAAGCCUAACAAAAAUGUAUUGUCAGCAGAAAAAAUUACCAAGAAGAUGAAGUUAAAAUUUACAAAAGCCUGGAUUGCAUAUCUUAGAUUGCCACUUCCACUUGAUGUUUACAAAGAGGUUCUCGUUAAUCUUCACCAGGCUGUUAUUCCUCAUCUAUCUAAUCCCAUCAUCUUAUGUGAUUUCUUAACAAGGUCAUAUGAUGUUGGUGGUGUAGUCAGUGUGAUGGCUCUUAGCAGCCUUUUUGUCCUAAUGACCCAGUAUGGCUUGGAAUAUCCAAAUUUCUAUGAAAAACUAUAUGCCCUCUUAGUUCCAUCCACCUUCAUGGCAAAACAUCGAGCAAGGUUUUUACAGCUUCUUGAUUCUUGCCUCAAGUCACCUCUUCUUCCAGCUUACCUGGCUGCUUCCUUUGCAAAGAAACUGAGUAGGUUGUUGCUUUCGGUUCCUCCUUCAGGGGCAUUAGUUAUUACGGCUCUGAUUCACAAUAUUUUGCGUAGACAUCCUUCAGUCAACUGUUUGGUGCACCGGGAAAAUGGUGUUGACGAAGGGAAAAGUGACCAUAGAACAGAUGAAGGAACAACUGCCAACUCGGAUAAUGUUAAGACUAGUGCCAUACCUUGCCAGAAACCAGGCAUUGACCAUUUUAACAAUACUGAAACCGAUCCCAAGAAGUCAGCUGCUAUGAGGAGUUCUCUUUGGGAAAUUGACACUAUUCUUCACCACUACUGUCCUCCAGUCUCAAGGUUUGCUUUGUCUCUUGGGAAUGAUUUGACAGUGAGGGCCAAAACAAGUGAAGUUAAUGUCGGUGACUUUAGUGCUGGUUCAUAUGCAACAAUCCUUGGAGCAGAGAUAACGCGGAGGGUAAAGCAGGUACCCUUAGCAUUCUACAAAGCAACUCCUUCCUCUUUGUUUUCAGAGACUGAUUUUGCUGGUUGGACUUUCAAAAGUGAAGAAAUCCCCGAAAUGAUCGAUGAAAAUAAUGAGCGAAGUACUAAAGAUCUAUUGUAACCUAAAUUUUGUUCUGUGAAACGACAUGAUAGAGAAUUUGCGAUUCAUUUUUGUCCAUUUCAUUAAUAUGCCUGCAUGUUUUAGGAAAGAUGUGGCUCGUUUGUCCAUUUCAUUAAUUUGCGAUUCGAGGUAGUAGAAAAGGGAGAGGAGGGAAAGGGGAAAUCUUCGGGUUCGCUUGUUAUAAUGAGUAAAUUAAUUUGAUGUGUUAGAUGAAACAGUCGGAAGAUAAUUCUAGUCACAUUUUUUGUACGGUAGCAUGAUAUGUAUUCACUCUAUAGCA